GCCGUCCCGCCGGGCGCAUGGAGCGAGCGGAGCCGCCCGCGGCCGCCUACGAGCGGCGGGUGCUGCUGAGCGCCGCGCAGCACUGGUACCUGCGGGUCCGCCUGGAGCUGCCCGACGGCGCGGCGCGGCCCGGCGCCCCGCAGCUGAAGCAGUUGGUGGUGGCGGCGCUGCGGGAGCUGCACGGAGAGGUAACCGCGCGCGGGCGGCGCUGUGCCGCGCGCUGCCCGACUGCACCUAACGGCGGCUGUGUGUGCAGGUUGGGGCCGCUUUGCCUGUCGACGUCUUGGCGUACGAGGAGAAAAGUCUCUGCGCCAUCCUGAGAGUGAUUAGCAGUGGCCUCGUCAAGCUGUGGAGUGCUCUGACCCUGCAGGGCUCCUACCAGAACAGGCGCUGUGCCUUCCGGGUGCUGCAGACAUCUCCAUUUCUUCUCGCCUUAGCUGGGAACAGCAGGGAGCUGGUCUUGCACUGAGCGUGGCCGGUUGGACUGUCAGAAGGUCCUUGAGAUGUUGCUGCUCCUCAGGUGUGGGAUUUCUAGAGGGGAUUUCCGACACGGAGCUUCAACAAAGCUGGUGGUUACCAACCUGCUGCUUGGAUGUCCGUUGCUUCAGAAUUUACACAUAAAAGUUGGAGACAAAGCUGAACUUAGCAGAGUUUUUACACAGAAUGAUGUUGUUACUUUUUCUCAUUUAACAGGUGACACAAAUCCUUUGCAUUUAAGCGAAGAUUUUGCAAAGAAAACUAAAUUUGGUAGAACUGUUGUGCACGGAGUUUUGAUCAACGGACUUAUUUCUGCAGUUCUGGGCACUAAAAUGCCUGGGCAGGGCUGUGUGUUUCUUUCUCAGGAGAUUCGAUUUCCAGCUCCUCUGUAUACUGGAGAAGAAGUGAUAGCUGCAGUGCAAGUGAGACGGCUGAGGAGCUCCGUUGCACACAUCGCUGUAUCGUGUAAAGUCAGAGAGAGUGGGAAGACUGUUAUGGAAGGGGUGGUGAAAGUCAUGGUGCCAGCAAGCUCGAGCUGCUGAUCGUGUGUUACUUCACAGUAAAGACAGAAAUGUAUGCUUGGUUUUGA